AUGUCUCCCAACAAGAGUAUGGACGAAGAUACCACCUAUGGCAGAGGACCAAUCUACACCAUCGCCAAACAAUGCCUCUUCCAAUUUAAAAAGUUUGCCCGACAGCCUGAGAAUCAGCUCAAAGAGACGAUUUCUACAAAUAAGUGGCGGUUUCUAUUAUGGGCACAAAACCAUAGCGUAUUCGCUCACAAGAGUGCCAGCUUGGACACUCAAUUGAUAAUAAAGCCCGAGGUUCGAGACCUCGUGAUAGAGAUGCUAGAUGUUCUCCACAAGGACUUGUGCCAAUUGGUAAACAGUCAUUGGGAAAGAUUGCUUGAGCAAUGCAGCACUUCCCUCAACAGAACCGGCAAUACCAGCUCGAAUGAUGGUCCUCAGUUGUUGCUUUCGGGGAGAGUAACAGGCGCCAUGGCAGGCAUCGUCGGAUCUAUCGACAGACUAUACCGCCUUUCCGUUAGUAUUAGAGCGCCUCCAACGGAUUAUUCAAGUCCCGCGGAGAGAAUCAUCUAUUUUGCAAAGCAACUUCCGAGAGAUGGUUUCGAAGACAUGACUUCGCUGAUCUUAAAGUCCAAGUUUCCAAAAGCUGAAGACAGACUGAUCACGAAGUUAACCAAAAGUGUUGUAUUUCGCCGCCAUCGACUAUUGUACCAGCGCCAUAAUAACGCGAAAUUGAUUCAAGCCCGAUGUUUGAUUGCAACUGAAGUUGUGGGGCUGCUAAAUUCGAUGUCUAAAGCUGGGAAAGGCCGGUUGGAGGAGCAGCGUCCCAUCAAAGCGGACCAAGCGAAGCAGCAUAAACUUCAGAAUCAAAGUCUGCAUCAAUACGAAAAUGCUCCAGAUGAUGAGCUAGCCUGCGUCACUAAUACAACGAUCUUGGAAGAGGAUUGGGUUGAUCAGAAACACGUGGAUUACGAUAUGGAGCAUUAUAUCUGCCUCUCUGAUAAAUGUAAAAAGCCUCUCUGCUACUUCAAAACCUUUGACUCUUGGAUGAAGCAUAUGUGCUCAGAGCACGGGCAAGACUGGCCUCGGUUUAUUUAUGCGAAAAAGAGCGAAUGGAGAUGUGCACUCUCGAAGGCACACAAUACUUUGUUCGCGGACCAGGAUUCACUUCGAAAGCAUCUCGAGAUUGAUCACUCGGAGGAAUACCUCGAUCAGAGCGACUUACAGCUCAUUGUAGACCACUGCAAAAUUGCUCUGCCCAGAGCCCCGGACAUCUGUCCGCUGUGUGAGGAAUCCGUCGAUGAUCCGGAACCCGCAGCGCAGCAGUCGAAAGUCGAGAAUGGCAAACGUCCCAAAAAAAGGGUUCGGUGGGCUGACGAGGCUGGGGGAGAACUAGAGAGUGAAGAGAAGACGAGCAACACCAAUUCGGGAGAACUACAGAGUGAAGAGAAGAUGAGCAAAACCAAUUCGAAAAUUGCCGCCCAUAUUGCUCGACACUUAAAGAGCAUAUCUUUUUUAUGCCUUCGGGGUCUAGGACCUCAAGUAAAGGGAAGGCAGGAGUAG